GUUCCGGUUAUUAGUGUGCAACCCUUGAGUUUGAGUACCCAGGCUCCUGGUACGAGUGUCUCCUUCACUGUGGUUGCUAUGGGCUUCGGCCUCACAUACCAAUGGCUAUUAGAUGGAAUGGCAAUAACCUAUACCGAUGGAGGUGGUUUGAAAUACGAAGGAACCACUUCAGCCACUCUGACAGUGAACGACCUGGUACAUCCUGAUGACGAGGGAUCUUAUAUUGUGAUAGUGGAAAGUGCAGCUGGCUCUGUGAUUUCAGACCCUGCCACACUAGAUAUUGUGAACUGUGGUAAUGGUACUGUAUGUGUCGAUCGUAUCCAAGCCUCCGUUAGUUGUAUCGUUGUAAUGAAAGUGUGCGAUGGAUUCGCAGACUGUGUGGAUAAUUCUGACGAGACCAACUGCCCAGGUAACUGCACGGCUAACACUGGAUUGGGUAGUCGUUUGUGUGCCAACACUGAGGACUGCAUCCCUCCGGCUCAAGUAUGUGACUUCAUCACUGCUGACUGUCCCGAUGUGUCCGAUGAACUCAACUGUCCAUCUCCACUUGAGAAAGUUGUCCUCGAAAUAAUAUCAGAGGAGACUUACACCAACGUCAGUGAGGUCGUUUCGUCCUUUACUACCCUCUCCGAGAACAGGACGUUCCUUCAGACCAUGCAGUUUCUCAGUGAUGUGUCCACUGUGUUCAACAGCAUCGCUAACUUCACCAACACCAUCAUUGUACCCAUCAAUGAAACGGUGGUAGAAAAUUUGGGUCAGACUUUGAACUCCCUCGUACAAUGGCAGCCCUCCAGUCUUGAGGUCAACACUACCUCCAGAAUUGUUGAAUCAUUUGAGGAGGUGGCAAUACAAUUUGCACAACAGUCCAACUUAACUGUGGAAUUCGACGAUGCCACAUUCGUCUUUGAACAGGGCACCACUGAAUCAUAUUUGAGAGAAGGAAGAACGGAAGACUUCACUGUUAGAGCUGGAGUCCCUGCCUCCAUCGCACUCCCACCUGAGCUCUUCAACCAGGUACCAGCUGACAGACCCGUCAUCGGUGUGUACUUUGCCCUCUAUGAAAACGCGGCUCUUUUUCCGACAAACUUGUUAGCCGUAGUGAGGGACAACGUGACCGUGCGAGAGACAGCCGUGGGUACUCCUAUUGUGGCUGCUACCGUGGGACCUGGUAUUGACUUUGGUGGCGUUGUUCCCCUCGAUCCCCCUGUGGUUAUCACACUAGGCCUGCUACCUCUACCGGAGAACUCAAGUACUAACCCCAGCACUGCUCGUUGUGUGUCAUGGGACUUUGUCAGUGACAGUUGGAUCACCGACGGCUGUACCACUGAAGUGAUGAAUGAGACCACUUUCCGUUGCAGCUGUACCCAUCUCACCAACUUUGUUGUGCUCGUUGACAUUUGCCAAAGAGCUCAGGACUGUAUGAAUGAUCUGACGGUGGAUCAGGUGCUCUCCUUCAUAAGCUACAUUGGCAUAGCGCUGUCUUGUGUAGGACUGGUGGUCACAAUCAUCACUAUGAUAAUGUUCAAAAAACUGAGAGAGAGAGACAACUCCAAAUACCACAUCCAGCUGUCCAUAGCCAUGCUGUGCAUGCUCGUUGUGUUUGCUGUGGGUAUUGAACGUAUCGAGGUGUACGGAGGCUGUGUGUUUGUGUCCAUCCUCAUCCACUACUUCACUCUGGUGUCCGUCAUGUGGAUGGGGGCAGAGGCCUUGCUCAUGUUCCAGAAACUAGUUAUGGUCUUCAUGACAAUCACGACCAAUUUUAUCAUCAUUUUAUCUCUAGCUUGUUGGCUGUUCCCCCUGAUUCCUGUCCUUAUCCCAAUGAUUAUUGAUCUGGCUGACGGGACAACUCCCGAGACAGACCUCAUCAUCACUCGGAAUGUUGACCCCAUCACCGGAGAUGUCACUGGAGGAAUCUGUUUCCUCAAGCAUCCUGGAGUGUUCUUUGGUGCUUUCCUGGCUCCUAUAUUUGCUGUUCUCCUCUUCAACAUGAUCAUCUUCAUCUGGGUCAUUGUCAUCCUCCUGAAACACACUCGCGGAAACAUGAAGAGAUCAAAUCAAAAAAUGAGUUUCAAAACUGCCCUCCGACUACUAGUGAGCAUCUCUGGUGUCAUGUUCCUGUUUGGCCUCACCUGGCUCUUUGCUGCACUCACAAUCAAUAUCAAUGGUAGCAACGCUGUUCGAACUAUCUUCCAAGUUUUGUUCACUGUCUUUGCAUCGUUUCAAGGAUUCUUUAUAUUUCUGUUCUUUGUUAUCUUCAGUGGAGAAGCUCGGGAAUUAUGGAGAGAUCUGUGUUGUGGCCGCUACAAGUCCUCACUCCUCCACCCCUCACAGUAUAAGAACACGAACUCCACAGGAACAGGCACUCGUACACCCAAAGCAAACAUGGGCACUACCGGUGCGGCGUUCUCCUCCACAGGCAACACACCCUCACAUACAAACUCCACAGAAACAAGCACUCGUACAUCCGAGGCAAACACGGGCACUACCGCUACAUCCUCCUCUGUAGGCAACACAUAUAUAUACAGUAAUUAUAACACGGUAAAUCUCGAUUCUGAAGCUAGCCCACUCCCGGAGAAAAGGAGCAAAAGUGGUGAUAACCAAACAGAUAUUCUACUAGCGUCUACGAGUCAAGUAAAACUAGCCAAAGAAGGUGUGUCUACUUUCAGUCACCCCGAUAUCGUUGUCGAGAGUCAAGUGGACGGAGAUGAGGAUAAAGAUAUGACACCUCCAAAUUGGUCAGACGCUAAGCUUAUUUCCAAGGCCAGGGUCAAGCGCUACUCUACAAAGAGGGUCUCCAACCAUCAUAUCGAAGAGAUAGACUCUGAAAAUGAGAACAGUGAUGACCAAGAAGUGCCUGAAACUUAGCGAACUUAAUCACUAGUGUUAAUCAUAGUGUAGCUGGACAUACAAUUGCAUGGUAACCAUGCAUGCAGAAUUGAGAUGAUGGUGUGUUUGUGUGUGUGCAAAUUAUAUUUUU